GCCGCCGCCGCCGGGGGGCGCUGCGCGGCUCAGCCUCACACUAGAGCCGGGAUGCUGCGACGAGACUGGAAACACUCCCGGAGAUAAGCAACUUUCUUCAGGCGGAACAAACUAUCCCGCCGGUGUACGUUUCCACAAGCCAACAACGCAGCUCUAGACAUCCCGGAGGGAAUACUAAGUUGGGGGUUUUUAUCCCGCGGCUUUGAAGCUGUUAACUUUCCCCCGCUAGCCGCGUUAGCCUAGCGUGCUAUGUAAAUACCACGGCUCGAGUUUCCUCAACUCGUCGUCAAAACGUGAUCACCGCGAUCUCCGCUGUCGGUUUUCCUCCCGUCGUUUAUUUGAGAUGCUAUCCUACGAGAUGGGAGCGGGUUUUGUUGGGUUUUGUCGGGUUUCCCUGCGCGCUGAGCGGCUAGCUCGCCGUUAGCAACUUCGCCGCCAGACUUUCUCCGCCGGAGCUCCGCAAGAUCCCGUAGGAUCCCGCGGGAUCUCCCCGCAGGAUCCCCCGCAGGCAGCAUGUUUGAAAUGGAGACGCAUAUAUCGUGCCUUUUCCCGGAAAUCCUGGCCAUUAUUUUCAGCUAUCUGGAGGUGAAAGACAAAGGCAGAGUGGCGCAAGUGUGCCUGGCCUGGAGGGACGCGUCCUACCACAAGUCCGUGUGGCGGGGGGAGGAAGCCAAGCUGCACCUGCGGAGGGCGAACCCGUCCCUGUUCCCCAGCCUGCAGACCCGGGGCAUCAAGAAGGUGCAGAUCCUCAGCCUCAGGCGCAGCCUCAGCUACGUGAUCCAAGGGAUGCCCAACAUAGAGAGCCUUAACCUGUGCGGCUGCUUCAACCUGACGGACAACGGGCUGGGACAUGCCUUUGUGCAGGACAUCCCGUCCCUGCAGGUGCUGAACCUCAGCCUGUGCAAGCAGAUCACCGACUCCAGCCUGGGCAGGAUCGCCCAGUACCUCAAAAACCUGGAGGUGCUUGAACUCGGGGGGUGCAGCAACAUCACAAACACGGGCCUGUUGCUCAUCGCCUGGGGCUUGCACAGACUCAAGAGCCUUAACCUCCGCAGCUGCAGGCAUGUGUCCGACGUGGGCAUCGGUCACCUGUCUGGGAUGACCCGCAGCGCCGCAGAGGGCUGUCUGUGUCUGGAGAAGUUAACCCUGCAGGACUGCCAGAAGCUCACGGACCUAUCUCUCAAACACGUCUCCAAGGGUCUGAACAGACUCAAAGUGCUCAAUCUCAGCUUCUGUGGGGGGAUAUCGGAUGCAGGGAUGAUCCACCUGUCACACAUGACCCACCUGUGCAGCCUGAACCUGCGCUCCUGUGAUAACAUCAGUGACACUGGAAUCAUGCAUCUCGCCAUGGGGUCCCUUCAGCUGUCUGGACUUGAUGUCUCCUUCUGUGAUAAGAUUGGAGACCAGAGCCUGGCGUACAUCGCCCAGGGGCUGUAUCAGCUCAAGUCCCUCUCGCUGUGCUCCUGUCACAUCAGCGACGACGGCAUCAACAGGAUGGUGCGUCAGAUGAACGAGCUCAAGACGCUGAACAUUGGGCAGUGUGUGCGGAUCACAGACAAAGGUCUGGAGCUGAUUGCGGACCACCUGUCCCAGCUGACGGGGAUUGAUCUGUAUGGUUGUACUAAGAUCACCAAGAGGGGUUUGGAGAGGAUAACGCAGCUCCCGUGCCUUAAAGUAUUAAAUCUGGGACUGUGGCAAAUGACUGAGAGUGAGAGAAUGAGGUGAUGUUUCACAUGUUUAGUUCUCAGCUCUGUGCUAAGAGAGACAGACAGUAUCCAUUCUUAAUUAUUUUACCUCCUAUACUGUGACUUCAAAUAAGGAGAGAGGCUCACUGGAAUAUUUUCCCCCUCUGUGCAUUUUUACUCUUGACAUUGUUUCACCUUAUGAUCCAUUUUGUUGAAAUAGCAGCCCGUGUACAGUUUUAACUGUUUAGCUACCUCACCGAUCAAACACAGGGGUGCCUGCAGUCACUGAAUACUAGAUUAUAUUGUAUAUUUUUGAGAUUUACAUACCAAUAGAGAAUUUGUCAUUUAAGAAGAUUCUAAUUGCUGAAUAAUAAGUAUUGUAAUUCACAACAGACAAGAGUGUCUUGGAUUUAAGUUUUGAUAGGCUUUUUUUUUUGCAAAUAUUUUUCUACUCCUGUAUUUUUCUUUUGUAUUGAAUGACAUGGUGACAGAAAUGUACUUCAAAUUGAAGUGGGUGGAUCACUCCUUUCUGUCUUGGUUUACCUAUGUGUGGUCGACUGUUUUUAUAUUGGUCAGAAAGGCGGUUGUGUAUCAUUUUGUACUUUGUUAAAGCUUCCUUAACACAGCUACAAACGCUAUAUGCAAUACUUAAAACUGAGUAUCAUUGGGUUUUAGUUUUUUUUACCUGAAGAGCUUCCAGCAAUAAUCCCAGAGUAUUUGUCUAAAAAAAAAACAGUAAUUUAAGAUGUUUUAUAUCCAUAUAGUAGUGAUAUUUAUGAAUAAAGAUUCUAAAUGUU